GUGACGUCAUAACCACGUGUUCUGCACUAUAUGGUGGGAAGUCAACAUUGACUUACAUAUUUAUGCUUGUAGAAAAGAAAACCGUAAAUAUUUUAUGCAGCAUAACAAAGUAAAGGAAAAUUACGUACGAUAUAAUCGGAAUCUACAUCAUUUGAAAAGUUUUAACAGAAAAUUUUAUUCAAAAAUAUCCCUUUUACUGGAGUUUAGGGGAGCGCACCUUCAGUAGAGUGUAUUAGCAGUAAAAGACAAGAUUAUGAUGAACUCCAAACCUGAAGUGUAUUCCUGCCAUAUUAAAUAUUUACCAAUUUCUGUAACCAAGAGUCAAGUUGCAGAUCUCUUCUCAGACUAUGAUGAUCUUUUUGAAAUCUAUAUCAGUGAAAGAGUGAUGGAACAUAAUUACACGUUUGGUUUUGUCAGGUUUAAGAGCCAAGAAUCAGCCAACCAUGCAGUGAAGUCUGUAUCGGGAAAAAUGGUGAAUGGACAAAAAUUGCUUGUCUCUCAUGCCAAAUCUUCAGCAGUAGCGACCGACUCUGACCCUUCCAGUUUAAUAGUCAGUUCCAUUAAGAAACAACUUAAAGAAGAGUUUGCUUCAACAGAUAAGGAAAUUAAUGAACUUCUGGAGGAGGCUUCUUCUAAAAGGUGGACGAAAACGCAUCACUCGGCCUCAGAAUGUGCUUUUUCUUUGGAACUGACCGAUAUUCUUACAGACACAAUGGACUACAAAUACUGGAAUGAAUUUUUCUCAAGACAGAAGGAAAUCUCGCGGAAAUUGAAGAUGAUUCAAAUGCAAACGUCAGCUAAUGGUUCAAGAUGAAGGAAAGAAAUGAUGAUGGAACCGUGGAAAAUAACAGAUUGGCCUGUUGUUGUUGAGAGGGCAGAGAGAACCCGAGAUUGUCCUAUUGUCUCAGAGAGCAUAAGAGACUAAUUGAUUUUCUCUAUGAGGACAAAGAGAGUAUAACAGAUUCAUUGACCUGAAAAGAAAAAAGAGAGAAUGACAAAGUGAUUCUUUGUUCCAAAGAAGGAAGAGAGAAUAUUAACAGAUUGAACCAUUGUUCAUAAGAGGAGACAGAGCAUAAAUCUGAUCUGUUGUACUUCAGAGAGAAUAUGAUAGACACAGCAGUUCUUCCAAAAAGAGAGAGAACGUAUUAUAGACUGACCUUUUACUCCUGAAAAUGGAGAAAAUAUAACGGAUUGAGUCAUUGUCCCCAAAACAGAGACACAGAAAACAAGCUCACCAAGUGUAGCAUGACCUGCAGCAGUACCAUGUCCCACAGAAGUAGACUGAGCUGAGAGACAGCAGAAAUGUAAUAAAGCUGAAGUUAGACGUGGCUGUGAGGUUCUUCAUCGCAAAUAUGCAAUAUCCCAGAUACUUAUAAUGGUGAGGAUUAGUGACUGUUUAAUGUGGUGGAAUAUUGCACAGGAGAAACUGUUAUAUUGUGACGAUACCCAGAAAGUUGUUGAAAACUUGAGUCCAGUCUAUUUUCAUCACAAAAGUGACCAUAAGUGAACAGUUUUGUGUUAAAUAGUAAUAAAUAUAUUGUUCAUUCCAAA